UGGUUCCAUAAUCGGAUUAUAUUCUCUUUCGGUGAGUUAAGUUGAGUUUAAUUAGAUUAACACCUUUAAUUUAAUGGAAUGGAGUUCGAUUCCCAGUUUUCUCGUUCACACAAUACAAAAAAUAUACCAUAUUAAUAUUCCCUCCUAGUAUACAACUUUGAUCAUAAUCAUAUAUAUAUUAAAAGAACCAAUUUUCAAUUUCAUAAUAAACCCAAAAUCCUAUUUUGCCAAACAUGAAUAAUACCCACUCUGCUAAUCCAACAUCAUUAACUAAUCACAAUUACAAUAACACUAAUAAUCCUUAUGUUAAUUGUUCUCCUGUUCCUGUUUCAUCAUCUUCCUCUGCCAACCGUCAAAGAGUGAGAGUUUUUGGGGCAUUUAGUAGGUGUGGGAAAAAAUUCGAACAAGCUACAAGAAAAGCAGAGGUUAUUGCAGACAAUCUAUGGAAUCAUCUGAAAACAAGUCCAAGUUUGUCAGAGGCAGCAAUGGCAAGGAUUGUACAAGGAACAAAAGUUGUAGCAGAUGGAGGAUAUGAUAAGGUAUUCAGAGAAGCAUUUGAGAUCAUAGAAGGGGAGAAGCUCUUACACUCCUAUGCAUCUUACUUAUCCACUGCUUCUGGACCUGUAAUUGGAACACUUUAUAUUUCCAAUAAAAGACUUGCCUUUUGCAGUGAUUUCCCUCUCACCCAUUACUACUCAUUAUCUACUACCACUCCCAAUUCCUACUCAUUACAUUACAAAGUUGUGAUACAAAAUGAGCAGCUAAGAACAGUGAAUCCCUGCACAAAUAGAUGGAACCCAUCAGAAAAAUAUAUACAUAUUGUGACUAAAGAUGGCCAUGAAUUUUGGUUCUUGGGUUUUAUAUCUUAUGACAAGGCUCUCAAGAAUCUCAUUGAAGCUAGCUAUUCCCAUCCCUUACCUUAAUUUCACCACACACACAUCACUCCAUAAAAUUUUAAUAUAUAUAUAUAUAUAUACAUAAUUAAAUGUGCCUCUUUUACUUAUUGUUCUCUUUAAUAGAAAAGUACAUGACCUCUAUAUUGGCAUAUAUUGUUCCAUGCAAGUAUACAUUUGAUUCGGAUUCCAAAAUGUCCUUUAUUUUAACAAUAAAGUUAGACUUGAAUACAAAUGUCCUAAAUUCAUAUGGACAAUACAUAAACUCUUGUAGACCCUUUGGUCCACAAGUUCACUUGGACAAUAUAUUACUUGUUGUGUUGAUAGAA